CACGAGAAAAAGAGUAUUAGCUCUUCAAUAAAUUCACCUCCCUUUUAUAAUCUCAAGCUAAACACUCGUACAGUCUCUCACUCCGAUAAAAAAUCCCUACCCUAUUCAAUCCUUGAAAGCUAUUUCCUUUUUUUCUUUUGCUAUUUUUCUGAACGCAAAAUUCGCAACCCAAAAUGGGUUUUAUCAGGAGUAGCUUCUCCUUCAUAGCUGGCACAGUGUUCGGAGUCUACGUGGCCCAAAACUACGCCGUUCCGAAUAUCAAGAAGCUCGCCGACACUGGCCUUAUCAUCGCGAAGCAUCUCGAAGAGUCCUAUCGGAAGCCGAAGAAGAGGGACGAUGAUUAGUUUACCUUAUACGACCCGUCGUUUAGGACCCAGGUUUUGUUUUGUUUUUUGGGAGAGAACCCUUUGUUAGGGUUCAUGAGAAUUGAUGGAAUUGUCAGUUUGGAUUUCUAGUUAUUUCAAUUUUGAUUUGUCAAUGAAAACCUGAGCAAAUUUUUUUGCUUUA